AUGCAAAUUUAUAUUAGUAAACGUCAAUUAUCCUCUCGUCCCUGUUCCCAACACAUUUUCGGCCAAAAAAAGGAGCUACGAGUUCCCAAUUCCUCCUUCGAAUGUGAUGGGAAGACAUAUCAGAAGCGGCAAGGAUACAAAUUCGCUGUAACUUGUACCUCGUCGUUCACAUGGCUUCCUGUUCCCGCCCUCUUUAUUUUUCUCCAAAUCCGCAGUUUAGUCAAGAGAGAUACCUUCUCUGAUCUUUCUAGGUUGAAAAUGGCAGUUGGGUCUGCCCUUACACCCGAUUCUGCUGGUGAUGAAGAUAAAAAUUCUUUGAUGGCGCUUAGUAUAACGGAGUUGAUUUCGAUUUUGCGAACUGCGUAUCGUACGGUGGAUUUUGAUAGGGUGGAGGAGGUUUUGGUUUCUAAGGAAACCAAUCUUAGGGCAGAGAUUGGGGUACUCAGCGAGAAAUUAGAAAAGGAGAGGUUAGAGAGAAUCGAUGUGGAAGGACAAUUGAAGAAAUAUAAGGAGCAAUGUGAAAGGGGAGAGAAAGCUGAAGAGAGAUAUGAGAAGCUGUUGCAAGCGGUUAAGAAAGGUAAUGUCUUGGAUGGUGGAAAUACUACUGCUGAGCUGAGGAAUAAGAUCCGUAAAUUGGAGGAUGAAAAACGCAGGGCUGAAUCUGAGGUGAAAUCGUGGAAGAGAAAGUGUGAGAAGUUGAAUGGGCGGCUUUUGACAGCGGAGAAAGCUGCGAAGUCAUUCAUGGACGGACAUACUCAGGUUGAGCUAAGAGGAAACGCUGAGGAUUCGUCUGGGGUUCGAAGAAAUACUGAUCCAGGGGUUUCAACUGAAGCCAUAGACGAAAUGGAAGUAAAUGAAGUUGUUACACGUGUGCUCGACAAUGUAAAGACCCCUGCAGAUUCCUUUCCUUCACAGAGGAAAACGAAGUUCGUAAAUUUAGCACCAGAUGAUGCAGAUAAUGCUCAACUAGGAACACAGGAUAUACAGUCAGAUACAGAGGUUCGACAUGAUGAUAGAAGCAUACAGCAACAGUAUGACGCUUACUGCCAGCAUAGAGGCGUGCAUAGGGAGGUGCAAGAUUCAUCUGGAAAGUCAUGUUGGUGUAAGAUUUCUACGAGUAAGGUCCCAAGCCAGGUUCCCUCUGAAGUUUGGGAAAAAGAUGUUGAUUGUCGUAUGGACCCAAAAACUCAGGAGGUUGCUACAACUAACAAGAGGAAGAGGAGCCUUCGCGGAGUGAAGCAAACCGUCAACCACACUAGUGGAUUAAAGACUCAGACGAGCAAGAAAGCAGAGAUGGAUGCACAACAUCAAAGAAAGAUCAAUGGUAAUGAGAUGUGGAUUGAAGUGAACAAGCACACAGAUGGGAUAGCCUCAUCAACUGUUCAAACGAAAAUUGACAUGAUUGUUGAAAAGCAAUCUCAAGAGGGGUCCUCUGAUGAAAUCGUUAUGGAUGGGCGAGUUGAUAUUUCAACACAAGCCUUGGGAAACCCAGAACCCUCUGAAACCAACCUAACCCAGAUGUUGAGUAACUAUAUGUCACACUAUUCAACUUCAACACCAUCAGAUGAGAAAGUUCCUUCACUUGGACAACAAUUACAAGAAUUAAAGGCAUUGAAUUCAUUGUUCUCGCAAUUCAUCAAGAAACAAUCGAGUUGUAAUACGUAGAAUCGAGAAAAUGGGUUGGGCUUAACAAAGUACAAGCCUUAUUCAGUCUAUCAAGAAGAGUGAGCUGGGUUGGAAAACUUGUGGCCACGUGAAAGCCCUGCCUAGCCCACCAGCUAAGCAGGGUGGCAUGCCUAGCCCAAAGGUCGCUAAGUUAAGCUCCUUUUUUUUGUUAUUGUUUUGUUUUUUAAAGCUUUGCCUAGCUUGCCUUUUCCUUUUUCUUUUAAUGGAAAUAUUAAUAUUUGUUUGGUAUUCACCAUUUUAUCUUCUUGUACAUAGAGAUUUAGGGCAUUUAUAGAUUUAACAUUAUUGUUUUUAUUUUAGUCCCAUUAUUGUAUUAAAGGUAUGGAAUCGUGUUAUCUAGCAAAUCUGUGCCUAGGACAGAUUGUUAAGAUAUUGAUUGAGAAUGAGAAUGAUCUGAAAAUUUUGAAAA